UGGAGUCGGCGCGAGAAGGCGCUGCUAGCGCAGCUCUGGGCGCUGCAGGGCGAGGUGCACCUCACGGCCCGCCGGUACCAAGAGAAGUUCGCCCAGUACAUGGCUCACGUCCGCAACUUCGCCAGAGACCUGGGCGGCGGCCGCGGCCCGGAUGGAGAACAUAAGCCACUCACCAUCGUGUUAGAAAGAGAAAAUGACACGUUGGGAUUCAAUAUUAUAGGAGGUCGACCAAAUCAGAAUAAUAAGGAAGAGAAAUCAGCGGAAGGAAUUUAUGUUUCAAAAAUUUUGGAAAAUGGACCUGCCGACAGAGCAGAUGGCCUGGAGAUUCAUGACAAAAUCAUUGAGGUACUUUUUCCUUUGGUGGGAGCUCACUGCAAACUUCAGCAGCCAUGAGAGACUUGCCCCUCCCCACUCCAACCCCUUCAGAGAUGCUCUCGUUCUCUUCCCCACACCCGGACCCUGAAACUUCCCCAGCUUAUCUCUGCCCAGGUCUGCAUGAUAAAAUGGGGCACAAAUCAAAGAUCUGUGAAAUAGUGAAUGCACAUGGCUGUUCAAGAAUCCCAUUUCAUUAAAUGAAAGCAGGUUCUGUUUAAACAAAGUUUCUGGUUCUCUCACUGCCCUGGGAGGCACAUG